GAGGGGAGGGGCGUCACACAACAGCGGAUCGCAUCGGGGGAAAAAGCGGUUAACGGGAGGGGAAAAAAGGAGACAGAGAAGAGAGAGAGAGAGAGAGCUAGGAUAAAAAUAACAAGAGCUUCGCUGGAGCGAUUGGCAGAUUAGCAUCGGGAAAGGCAGGCACGAUGUCCGACAGAAAGGCUGUGAUCAAAAAUGCUGACAUGUCCGAAGAUAUGCAGCAAGAUGCAGUAGACUGUGCAACACAAGCGAUGGAAAAAUACAACAUCGAAAAGGACAUUGCUGCAUUCAUCAAAAAGGAGUUUGACAAGAAAUACAAUCCAACAUGGCACUGCAUUGUUGGCAGAAACUUCGGUAGUUACGUCACACAUGAGACAAAACAUUUCAUCUAUUUUUACCUGGGUCAGGUUGCAAUUCUUCUAUUCAAGUCUGGCUAAACAAAAACAGAAGGGGUUAAAAAUGAACUAAUGCACUGACGGCUGGAGCCACAGUCCCUUUAAUGGCUAAACAGCUGCAUGGACUUUAUCUUGUGUAUAUGUAGCAGUAAACUUGCUUUAGUUGCCCAAAAAGGCUUUUUUUUCUUUUUGUAUUGCACUGAAAUGGAUAAAUGCUUAACAGUGGCCUUUAAAAGAAUAAACUGGAAUGGUUCUACUUGAAGACUGGAUCACUGAACUUCUCUACAGAAGCAGUUAUUUUUGUUGUUCAGAAACCCAAUCCUUUUUUUUCCACAUCAGUUCUCCCCUCUUGGAAGAGAGGGCAUUUGUACUGCAGAUGUUGGAUGUAAAAUACUUAUUGGCUUUCCUUAAGCUAUUUCUUUUAAUAGCAAAAUUGCUAUUGCUGUCAGUUCCAUCAACAACUUUCCCUUUUUUGUUAAAAGAAAUUGGAUCUGAUUCACCACUGUUCUGAUGAGGCUAAGUAAGACUUUAUUUACACCAAAAUCCGCUACAUAGAAACAUGAAAAGGCUGGCAUUCCAGAAUGUCAUGAAGAUGGUUUGAUUGCACCUUAAGCAGGGCAAAGCAAAUUGUUUUCCCCCUGUAUUGUAAUCUGCCAAGAGUGGGGAAACCUACAAUACUUGUAAUUCUGUGCGAGGUCAUUAUCAAACUAGCAACAGCUGAAGUUGCUCUAACUUGCUGUAAAUGUACAGAUGCUAAAGGCAGUUUGUAUACUACACUAAGCAGUUUUUCUGUUUGCAUGUUGUUCACCAAGGUGUCUGUGAUGUAUUUUGUCUUUCUCAAAAACCCUUCUCCUUGAUACAGCUCAUUUAAAAUUAUAAGCUGAUCCUCUUUUUAAUAUAAGCAAACUAUAUACUUUAUUAGAGGUGCUUAUAUUGAUUUCUAGUCUUCCGUCUUCCCAAAUUUAUGUCUAAAACAAACUUCAACUGCUGAUAACUUUUUUUUAACCCCCUCCCCAUCCUGAUAUUUGUGUAUGUACAUAGACUACAUAGCUUGUGAUUAAAGCAUGGAAAAGCUUCACUCCUGAUUCAUAUGUCAAUGAGCUAAUUGUUAAUGUAAUUGCCAAUAAAUGGAAAGUGUCAGACCUCUGUCAGUUA